CUAAUAAGAGACGAGAUGGGCCAGGGCGACGAGAGCGACCGCAUUGUGAUCAACGUGGGAGGGACUAGGCACCAGACUUACCGCAGCACCCUACGCACCCUGCCUGGCACUCGGCUGGCCUGGAUCGCCGAACCCGAUGCCCACAGCCACUUCGACUAUGACCCCCGCACGGAUGAGUUUUUCUUUGACCGGCACCCGGGCGUCUUUGCCCACAUCCUGAAUUACUACCGCACUGGCAAGCUGCACUGCCCCGCGGACGUGUGCGGGCCCCUGUAUGAGGAGGAGCUGGCCUUCUGGGGCAUUGAUGAGACCGAUGUGGAGCCCUGCUGUUGGAUGACCUACCGGCAGCACCGCGACGCCGAAGAGGCUCUGGACAGCUUUGGUGGGGCGCCCCUGGAUAGCAGUGCUGAGGACGGAGACAUAGAUGGCACCGGUGACUCUGGUGAUGGUGAAGAGGAGCUGGAGAUGACAAAACGCCUAGCACUUAGUGACUCCCCAGAUGGCAGGUCUGGGGGCUUCUGGAGACGGUGGCAGCCCCGCAUCUGGGCGCUCUUUGAGGAUCCCUACUCCUCCAGAUAUGCAAGGUAUGUGGCAUUUGCCUCCCUCUUCUUCAUUCUGGUCUCCAUCACCACCUUCUGCCUCGAGACCCAUGAGAGAUUUAACCCCAUUGUGAACAAGACAGAAACUGAAUUCAUUGGGAAUGACACCCAGGUGCGGCACUACAGGGAAGCAGAGACUGAAGCCUUUCUCACCUACAUCGAAGGUGUCUGUGUGGUCUGGUUUACAUUUGAGUUCUUGAUGAGAGUCACUUUCUGCCCAAACAAGGUGGAGUUUAUCAAAAACUCUUUGAACAUCAUUGACUUUGUGGCCAUACUGCCUUUCUAUCUAGAGGUUGGACUCAGUGGCCUGUCUUCCAAAGCUGCUAAGGAUGUCCUGGGCUUCCUCCGCGUAGUCCGUUUUGUGCGAAUCCUGCGAAUUUUCAAGCUGACCCGCCACUUCGUUGGGUUGCGGGUCUUGGGACACACCCUCCGCGCCAGCACAAAUGAAUUCUUGCUGCUCAUCAUAUUUUUGGCAUUGGGCGUCUUAAUCUUUGCCACGAUGAUCUAUUAUGCCGAGAGAAUAGGUGCUAAACCAAAUGACCCUAGUGCCAGUGAACACACACACUUUAAAAAUAUCCCCAUCGGCUUUUGGUGGGCUGUUGUCACCAUGACGACCCUGGGCUACGGAGACAUGUAUCCUCAGACUUGGUCAGGCAUGCUGGUGGGGGCCCUCUGUGCUCUCGCUGGUGUGCUGACCAUUGCCAUGCCUGUCCCUGUCAUUGUGAACAAUUUCGGAAUGUAUUACUCCUUAGCUAUGGCUAAGCAGAAGCUACCAAAGAAAAAAAAGAAGCAUAUCCCGAGGCCACCCCAGCUGGGAUCCCCCAAUUAUUGUAAAUCUGUCGUAAACUCUCCACACCACAGUACUCAGAGCGACACUUGCCCACUGGCCCAAGAAGAAAUUUUAGAAAUUAACAGAGCAGAUUCGAAACUGAAUGGUGAGGUGGCCAAGGCGGCGCUGGCAAAUGAAGACUGUCCCCACAUAGACCAGGCUAUUACGCCUGAUGAGGGCCUGCCCUUUACCCGCUCUGGCACUCGGGAGAGAUAUGGACCCUGCUUCCUCUUAUCAACCGGGGAAUAUCCCUGCCCGCCUGAUGGAGGAAUAAGAAAGGGAAAGCAUCUCCAACUCAACACAGAACAAAACCUGGGCUCACGACUUUGUGCAAGACUGAACGUAUCUGGUCCACUGACAAUACAUGAGGAUUAUAUCAUACAUGAAGCAGCUGCAGUGCAGAGAGGAUUAAGCAUUAAAGAUGCUUUUUUUUACACCUGUAGAAGACAAGAAAAUCUUUAA